UGUUCGAGUUUUUUUAUUUUCCUAUGAGUUGGUGCUUAUUUCAGUACUAAUUUCUACUUAGACCAUGAUACUCGAGUCAGUUAGCUUUUACUUUUCAGCAAAUUAAAAGUUGUUUCAGUGCAGUAUAAUCUAUAUAUACAGGUCUUAAUAUACCAGUUGUUGCUGAACCAUCAGAAUGGCCUCAAAUGGUGCCCAAGAGCCCACGCUGUCAGGAGGAUUAGAAGAUCCUGCAACCCAAAAGAAUAAGACAAAUGCUCUUAAGAGAAGAAUAUACGGCUAUUUUAAAGGUGCUCGCGUUGGAGAUUCUGUUCCUCCAGAGGAAAAUGGCACUGCGCCAACUCCAGCUCGUUUUAACUUUCCUUCUGUGAAACUGCACCCGAGUCUAAAGCAAGUAGGAAUGGUGGUUGGGAUCUACUUAAGUGUGGGAUCUUUAAUCUUCUACAUCUUCAGACACCAGUUCAAGGGGAAGUCAACAAAUGCUCUUAUUGACUGUAUUUAUGUUUCUGUCUCAACAAUGACCACGAUUGGAUAUGGAGACCUUGUGCCUGAUAGUGUCAUUACAAAACUAUCUGCCAGUCUUCUUGCCGUCUCAGGAAUGGGUCUUGCUGGAGUAGUCCUGAACAUUACAUCAGAGUAUUUGCUGGACAAGCAAGAGAAGAUGCUAAUGAAAGCCCUACAUGUGCAUAAAAAACUUGGUCCAGAAGAAAUGGAAAAAGAGUUUGAGGCCAAAAGAGUGAAGUACAGUAACUUUCUAAUGAUCGGUGUCGUUAUCUUGGUGCAUGUUCUUGUCGGGAUAAUCCACCUAGCUGCUGUAGAGGGAUUCGAUUUCAUUGAUGCAUUUUACUGGGUUUUUGUUACGAUCACAACCCUGGGCUAUGAAGAUGAGAGCUUCAAACACACAAAAGGUCGUUUUUUUGCUAUAGUUUGGGUAUUGACAAGCACCACAUCUUUGGCCCAGAUGUUCCUCCAGGUCAUUGAGGUCAAAUUUGAAGGCAGGCACAAGGCAUUGGUCAACUUGGUUCUUGACCAGAGGAGGAAACAUCUAGAUCUGGAGGCUGCAGAUCUUAAUAAUGAAGGGGUGGUAAAUGCCAGUGAAUUCGUAAUACAUAAACUCAAAGAGACGGGGAAGAUUAGCCAAGAAGAUAUUGCACUUGUAAUGAAGGAGUUUGAGGAUCAGCGUGAGCAGUCAGGAAGUUUAUCAGCAUCCGACACAAAGCCUAGUACUGAACCAUCUCAGACAGAGAAGAAGUACUGAGCAUACUUUAAGCAAAGUGGCUAUUGAGUAUUGACUUAUAUAGAGGCUUGUGAAAAAUGAAUAAACGUUUUAAGCAUUAUUAAGAUCACCUACUUGUAAGUUUUUAAUAUUGUCUCAAUUCAAUAAUCAAUGUUACGGCUGUAGUUUGUCGCUGUAACAAGUUCGUCAUGGAGUAGAAGUGCUUUCUUUCUCCCUAUGUAAUUUGUAUCAAAUGGGUGUUUUCAGAAUAUAAGGAAGUCCCUUGUACAAAGCA